CGUAGAUGACGCGCGUGCGCCGCGGCCCCGCGCCGCCCACGCAGGAGAAGACGCCCACGAGGUCGGAGGGCUGGGAGAAGCCGCGCAGGGAGAUCUGGUGCGAGCCGUUGCGGGCCAGAUUCGCUAAAGGACCUCCAAGGGAAAAAGGGAACAUCUUCCCACCUCUUCAGAUGGCAAUCAUGGAGGGACUUUAACUGCCGAAAGUUGCUUACUCCAGGACUGAGAGAUCUGGAGCUGAGAGAUCCCGGGACUUCUGACCAAAAAUCUGGCAGAAGGUCACUCUGAAAUCCUAGAACCAAUAGCGCACCACACAGAUGACUCCUUGCCCUUCUGCCUCCAACGACAGCACGCCUACUUGGAAUACAAUGCACAUUUUAUGAGAGGAAGCUGCCAGCCCACGCCUCAGCCACACAUCCUUGCAAGAUCCACAACCUAGGUGAUUUCAGCCUGGCUGCUCCUCCCAGAUGCUCUUACGAUUCCGGUGCUCCACCUGCAGAUGAUCUCCAGCCCUAGCUGUCCCUCCAAAAGGACUCUGUGCCCCGGAGCCACCUGGCGAAGGCUAAGGCUUGUGGCUGUCGUUCUGCCCCUCCAUGAGUGAGGCAAACCUAACCACGGUGGGGCCCUCGGAGCUCCCUGCAGCAUCAGCCAUGUCCCCUGGACCUGGCACUGGGGCCCGGGCAUGGCCUAUUCUGGUAGGGGUAGUGCUGGGGGCUGUGGUCCUCUCUCUCCUCAUCGCCCUGGCUGCCAAGUGCCACCUCUGCCACAAAUACCGCACCAGCUACCAGCACCGCCCGCUGCCCGGGACAGGGGCCGGGGUCUGCCCUGAGGGGGGUGAAGAGGAGGAGGAUGACGGCUUUAUUGAGGACAACUACAUUCAGCCUGGGGCCGGCGGGCUGGGCACGGAGGGUGGCAGGGAGCACUUCUCCCUCUGAGUCCUGAUCUCUGGACACUCUGCUGGCCCCAUGCCCGACAGCUUGAGUUAGCACACACUACAUGGGAGCCAGGGGCCGCAGGGCCGACCAGGGCUGGAGCACCCCUCCUUUCUCUGGCACUAGCCACUGAAGUGACAACGACCUUCUCUUGCUCAGUGACCCUCGGUGGCUCCCUGCUGUUCUCAGGAUAAAGCCUACCAAGGGGCUGACUACAGGAGUAAGACCUCUGCCAGCCUCUUGUUGUCCUCUCCUUCUUUUCCCUCCUUUUGCUUCCUGCUCACCCAACUGUUUGUUAUCCCCCCUCUCCUGUCCUGCUGUUUCUCCCAUACCUUGGCCCACACUCUCCCCCAGCCAAGGCCACCCUUCCAUUUCCCCAGGGCCCCUAGGGCAGUGAGGAAGAUCCAUGGCCCAUAGGCCCCAUGUGGUCUGCCUACCUGCCAGCAUUUCACAUGUGGUCAGAUGGUAACAUUUUAGCAGGUAAAAAACAAUGUGCCGACUUUCCUACUGAAAUGUCUCCUGUCAAUAAAGUGGGUAAUCCAAAUGGUUCUAUUACAUUUUUCACAAGUAUUAAUAAAAGUACGAAGGAGUUGUUCUUUUU